CCUCCCCCGGCCCUGAGGAUGCUGCCCAGCCCGGUCACUUCCACCCCCUUCUCGGUCAAAGACAUCCUCAAGCUGGAGCACCCCGCCGCCCUCCUGCCCGAGCCGCCCGCCUGCGCGCGCAGGCAGCUAGGAGCCGCUUACAGCGCCGAGCACGGCCCCGUCAAGGCCGAGGAGGAGUACGACCUCCUGCGGAGCUCCUGCGGGGAGGAGGAGGUGGACCUCGGGAAGUGUUUGAUCGCUGAGUCUUUCGAGAUGGAGAAGAAAGAGGAGGACCCCUGCGAGCGCCCCAAGCAAAGGCAGAGGAGAAAACCCCGGGUGUUGUUUUCCCAAGCUCAAGUAUUCGAACUGGAAAGGCGAUUUAAGCAGCAGAAGUACCUCUCGGCACCGGAAAGGGAGCACCUAGCUAGCAUGCUGAAGCUCACCUCCACUCAAGUAAAGAUCUGGUUCCAAAACAGGAGAUAUAAGUGCAAAAGACAAAGGCAAGAUAAAUCCCUGGAGCUCUCUGCCCACCCGCUCCCUCCGAGGAGAGUUGCUGUACCUGUACUGGUCAGAGAUGGCAAACCAUGCCUUGGGGGCUCCCAGGCUUACACUUCCCCUUAUAAUGUUGCUAUCAGCCCUUACUCCUAUAAUACCUACUACAGUGGCUACAGCAACAGCCCGUACAGUGCUAACUACAACUGCAGUUAUGCUGGGGUGCCCUCUGUGCCAACUAGUGCUACACCAGCCGGGCACAUCAUGAAUAUGAGCUUUAGUAUGUCUAACGCUGCUCAGAACCAGCCUGGCCACUUGCAAGCCACACUGCAAGCAGGGAUCAGGGCAUGGUAAGUGGGACGUUAGGACUACCUGGAAGAUGUGUGCCCUGAGCAGUACCGCCACUGGAACCAUCCAGGACACAGACUGAAGCCGGAGAGGCUCAGAAACCUGAAGGGCGUCUCCUGCUCUGUGUAUCUGGACAUUUCCUGCACAAUCCCAGUCUGCUACACAAGCAAUCUGCUGCAGCUCCUCACUGAAGCUGCUGCUUAAAGGACACGGGGUUAGAAGGGGCCCUUGAAGCUACCAAGCUGCGACAACUGAAAAGUGAACUACUGAUUAUUUAUUUAACACAGGAAUUUUCAGCUACAUCCCUCUCUCCAUCCCACCCCAAAAAGCAUUUGCUUCUCCAGGCUACAAGGACAUCCCAAUAAGCUGGUGCCUUCCCAAAAGUGAUUUGAAAGCAGAGACCAUGCAUGCAUCUGUACAUUUACUUUCAUAUGAAUGGUUUAUUUAAGACUUAGAGCUCCCUUCUCAUCCUCUGGAAUAUAGUUCUGGUAUAUAAUACUUGAUUUUUUUUUUUCCCCCAGCGCACAUUUUUGCUUUGUGUAAUUUUUCAAUUAAAUAAGUUGAUAACAGUA